AUGGACAUGGGAAAGUUUGCUACUGAACGUUUGGUACGAGCACAUCCAGGACUCAAUUCAGCUCUUUUUCCUAUUCAAUCGAAAUCUUUAAUGUAUUGUGCUAUUCCAAAGAUAGCAUCAAAAACUCUUAUUUCACUUAUAAUGUAUGUUUAUGUUCGUGAUAUUAUUGAUAUAAUCAAUAAUUCAACAAAGAUGGAUAUGUACGAAUUGCGAACACAACAGAUUAUCAAUAUUCCUAAACUACUUGAACAACUUAAAAAGAAAGGAAUUGUAAUGGCAGAUCCAUAUCACCCAGUUUCUGCUGUCUCAUUACUUCAAACAUUUCUUCAUAUUCUUCGUUUUGAAAAACUCAAUGAAACAUCUCCGUCAUUAUUUUUUAAUCCAUGGAGCAUAAGUGUAAAAGAUGUAUUUCCUGGUAUUACUUUUAGAAAUUUAUUAAAUUUAUCAAGUGUAUUCUCUUCAUCAUUUACUCGAUUUUUAUUCGUUCGACAUCCAUUUGAACGUCUUGCAUCGGCUUAUAAAGAAAGAAUUGCAACACUUCCAAGAGAUCGAAUUGAACCAGAACCUCAUUAUGAUAAUGUUCGCAAAACAAUUUGUCGUCGUCUUACACGAUUCGGAGUGAAUCGACGUUUAUCACCAAGACUUGAUCCAUGUGAAAAUUCUAUUCCUACAUUUCAACAUUUUGUUGAAUAUGUUCUUUCAACUGGUGAAACACCUGCUAAAUUAAAUCGAAUGGAUGCUCAUUGGCAACCAUAUACAACAAUUUGUCAAGUUUGUAAAUUUAAAUAUAAUUUUAUUGGUAAAUAUGAAACAUUCAAUGAUGAUCUCGUUUCUUUACUCAAACAAUUAAAUAUACCAGAUUGGAAUAUUCAAAAGCGACGUGGUGCAUCAGGUCAAACGACAAAUUAUUAUCAACAACUUUAUUCAUCAUUACCUGAUCAUAUAAUUUGUCGACUUAAAAAUCUUUACAAUGAUGAUUUAAAUUUAUUCAAUUAUCGAAUUGAAGAUUAUGUCAAUCGAACUACAUUGAAUUGUCGACCAGAAUCCAUAAUAACAAAAUUAUUCGGACGAGGAUAA